CACAAAUGAUGUGAUGACGAAUGAGGGAUGAGAGCAGAUAUAAUGAUCACACUGUUUAAAGCCACAGACAGAAACAUCAGACUCAGGACAGAAACACACGACCUCUAAAAAAUGGAGCAAACUCUAUAUUUCAUUCUUCUUCUCAUUGCUCUCUGCUCCGUAUCUGAAUGUGUUCAGCGUCAGUAUCACUUUAUAAACGUGAGGAAGACCUGGACUGAAGCUCAGAGAUACUGCAGAGAGAAAUACACAGAUCUGGCCACCGUUGACAACAUGAACGACAUGAACGAGCUGAAGAAGAGUGUGAAUGAUGGACGUGUCUGGAUUGGGCUGGAGAAGACGGGUAUCGAUAAAUGGCAGUGGUCUUCAGGUGAUCCUGCGCUCUAUCUGAACUGGGGAUCUGGACAACCUGAUGGCAGAGAUUAUUGUGCUAUGAUGAGAAAUGGACAAUGGCAUGAUUAUUCAUGUAGUGACAGCCUGACUUUCAUCUGCAGUUCAUCUAACAACAUGAACACAGGACUCGUCUUUGUCAAUGAGCAGAAGAAGUGGAGAGACGCUCAGAGUUACUGCAGACAGAAUCACAUUGAUCUGGUCAGUGUGAGGAACCAGAAUGAGAGUCAACAGCUUCAGAAGUUCAUCAAUGAGAGUCACAUAUCUGGUGAUGUCUGGAUCGGUCUGUUCAGAGACUCAUGGCAGUGGUCAGAUCAGAGUAACUCCUCAUUCAGAUACUGGAAUACUAGUCAACCUAAUAAUUAUGAAGGAAAUCAAAACUGUGCAGAGAUUUAUCCGAACGCUCAGGGACAAUGGAAUGACUACUCUUGCAACUACCAGUUUCCUUUUGUGUGUCAUGAAGAUAAACUGAUUCUGAUCAAAGAGAAGCUGACGUGGUCUGAAGCUCUGAGAUACUGCAGACAGAAUCAUGUGGAUCUGGUCUCGGUUCAUUCAGAAGAGAUUCAGCGUGAGGUGAUGAAUGUGGUUAAACAGGCGUCUACUGAGGCGGUGUGGUUGGGUUUGCGUCACUCCUGCACUGUGGGCCUCUGGUUCUGGGUGAGCGGACAGACCGUGUGCUAUCAGAACUGGGCGUUUGAUGAUUCAGAGAACUGUGAUUCUGCAGUGAGAUCUGGAGCAGUUCAGUCUGGAGAAGAUCAGCGCUGGAUCAGCCGUCCUGAGACUGACAGACUCAACUUCAUCUGCAGCAGAUAUGAGUGAAUGCAUACACAUACAUUUCAUGUAAGAUAACAAAUGCUUGUGUGUGUUUAACUUCAUUUUUAUUCAUCACUUGGUUGUAAAAUAAUAGAGUCUUUAUUGUUCACCAAGGUGGACAUAUUUCUUUGGCUCACCAACACAUAAAAUAGCUAAACAGACCAUUUAAAAACAAUACACGGACAGAAUCAAAUAACAUAACAAAUAAAAGAUAAAAAAUACAGUUCAUGCCACUGUCAGUCACUUGCAGAGUUGAGCAUUUCAAUGGCAUUAGGAAUAAAAGACCUCUUAAACAGUUUUAUUUGCUAAAAGAAUUCGAUAGCGCCUUCCUGACUUCAAAGGCUCAAACCGACAAAAGAGAGGAUGAGAACUAUCAGCUAGAAUACUCUGGCUCCUGCCUACUAUUUUACUUGCCAUUACCACAAUUCUGGACAGUUUGUUCUUGGAUUUUCAGUUUAAGUGAUCAUGCCAGACAGAAAUAUGAAACGUUAAUACACUCUCAACAAUGCAUUUGUACACAUGUUCUAAAAUAUGCUGACUAACACCAAGGCUGCUCAUUAGUCUAAGAAAGAGUCGCUGUGAACAUCUUUUAAAAAUAUUCUCUGUAUUUUCAGUAAAGGACAUAUGAGGAUCCAGAACUGAACCAAGAUAUUUUAAAUUUUGCACAAUUUCAACUUGUUGGCCCUUAAUUCAGAUUGUCAAAUCACGUUUUGUACACAUAAUUAAUUCUUUGGUCUUGGCGACAUUGAUUUCUAGGUGACUAAAGCGACACCGACUUUCAAGAGCCUUAAUAUUAUAGUAUUGCCUUUGAAUAUUCCUCAUUAAUUAUAAACUCAUUAGGUAAAAAGAGAAAAAAGCACAGGGGAAAGAAUGCAGCCUGUGGGCAACCUGUGCUCAAACUGUCCAGAAUUAUGCAAACGGCAAGUAAAAUAGUAGGCAGGAGGACACAGAAGCCCUUAAUACAACUCCAUGCUGAAAGGACAAAGAAGGCAGUGAGCAGAUUGUCUUUCGUCAGUUUGAGCCUUUGAAGUCAGGAAGGUGCUACUGAAUUCCUUUACCCAUCAGACAUAACCUCUCUGACACAGAACCUCUCUGGACGACAAGAGAGAUGUUUCUGAUCCAGAGAACUAACCCCGUAUCAAUAUUGAGAUCAUUAAGUCUUUUUAUGAGGAUGUUUGUAAAAGCUGAACUAAAAUCGAUGAAUAAGACCCUGGCAUAUGCUUUAGGAUCCAUAAGAUGUUUUGUAACUUUAUUAAGCAGGGUCAGCACUGCAUCAUCGGUGCCUCUGUUACUCUUAUAGGCAAAGUGGAUCAAGCGCACAGUGGAAGUUAAAUGGUGGGCUUUUAAACCAUCUGAGCCAGUGGUCUUAUUCCACUUCAGUUUGCUAAGACUUGAAAUAACAUCAGCCAUAAUAACAUAAAUAAUUUUACAUAUAAUCAUUUCAGUAGGCAGUUGUAUCUGAGCUUUCAAAACACUGCUUCAUGAAGCUUUGAGAAUCUUUUGUUUUGAAUCAUUCAGCAAAUGUAUCAAACUGCUGAUUUCAGUAAACAAAGCUUCGUUACUUUUUGAAACAUUUCGAAAUUUUAAUAGUUUGCCGCUAUCAUUUCUGUGAACCCAUGAACCUGAUCUUUUAACUGAUCUCAAAUCAGUUCGGAAAUUUAUUGUAUUAAACAGCAUUUUUUUCAGGUACUUACUUUAUGAUGCAAUCAUCAAUAAUUAGAUCAAAUUGAAGUUUUUUUUUUUAAAUAAAGGAAUAUUUCCAGCCCAUAGAUGAUUAUUCAAAAACAUCUGGUUUGAUCAUCAUAAACGAGUCAUAUCUUCCGUGUUUGAGUGCAAUGAAUGGAUAGCAAAAAUGGAUGGUAAUAUCAUGCAAAAAUAAACAAAAUAGCAUUAAAAAUAAAUUAAAUGAGUCUGAUGAUUCCUCCAGCAGUAACUUGAGCUGUGCUGCUAAUGUCUGACAGCGCUGACAAUCAUGUCUCUCAGACAAUGUUACACAAUAAAAUAAAAGAGACUUACACAGUAGGGUAUCAUGUAAGACUAAAUAAACAGUUUCAAAUAUUGACGUUUGUUGUUCAGUUGUUAAUUGUUAAGAGCCUCGAUGUCCAGAACUGCUGUUUGCUUUUCUCUUUCUGUCUCGUUUUGUGUUAUUUACUAACUUCAGAAUUAAUUGAAUUUUGUGAGGGGUCAAAGGGCAUCAUAUACUCAUCAUUAUAUGUUUAUACUAUUUUCUUUGUGUUUUAUCAUGAUAUAAUUCAUGUAACUGAAGAUUCUGUGAGUUUUUUUAAUUCCUCAUUUGUGUUUUAAGGAUAUAUGUGGUACUUCUCUCUCUUAUAUUGAGUUUCAUGUAUUAAUCAUGACUUUAUAUUAGAAAUGACUGGUUGAAUGUGAAUCAAUGAGAACAUUAUGUGCCUCAGCUAAAUGAAAUAUUGUUUAUUCAUGAAGAAUUGAAGGUUGGGUAUAAAAUAUCUAAUUCUUUUGUGCUAAACAUAAAAGAACGUGUCAACAACAGCAGCUCAAAUAAACUCACGUACAACCAGCAAUCUCAUCAGUAGUAAUAUGAUGGUGCUUCUGUCAAAAUGAUUGAUGAUGACCUUUGACCUGUCUGACCCCUGUGACCCCUGGGGGCCACCCACGUCGUUCCCCUCCCCCACGGGCCACCCACGAAGUUUUCCCAUCCCCCACCCAUGUUUGACCGUAGUAUCACC